CCCCAUGGCAACCACAGCAGCUGGUCCCUAGAUAAGAGGAGCUGGAGCAGGGCAGCGGCAGCCAGUGCUGCUGAGGAGUAAGAGCCCAGCCCUGAGAAGCACACCGCCUCUAGCCUCUCUCUCUGCCUUCUCAGCUCAGCACCUUCACUGACUGUUCUCUCUCUCUCCCUCCUGCUGCUGAGGAUGGCCACUGAGAUGAUGGCCACGGAGCCAGUGCAGCCUCUGGAGCUUUCAGAAGACAUACUGGACAAGUUCGAUCCUCACUGUGGCAGCUCAGAUGACCUUUCAGACCAGUUCAUUAAGGACUGUGACCUUAAGAAGAAGCCAAAAACGGGGAAGAAUGUUCAGGCCGCUCUGAACGUUGAGUCGGAGCAAAAGAAACCCAGGAGGAAAGACACGCCCGCCCUGCACAUUCCACCUUUCAUACCAGGUGUGAUUUCAGAACACUUAAUUAAAAGAUACGAUGUUCAAGACAGAGUUCCAAAGGUCAAAACAGGCUCAGCGCUUCACAACACCGACAUGGAACAGAAAAGGCCAAGGAGAAAAGACACACCUGCCCUGCACACGCCUCCCUUUGUUGCAGGUUUGACUCUGCUUGGAGAUGAGAGCCCCAGAGUGAUUAUGGAAGAUGAUGAAAAGGAUGGUGACAAGAUAACUAUUUAAAGACAUCUCUCCUGAGAUUGCAUGUAAAUAGGUUAGAUCAUUCCCAAUGGUGACCUAGAGGAAAAAAAUAGAUUUGUCUCUGCUCUCAUUUUGUCCUAGUCUGACUCUAAGAUCUAGAUGCCUCCUUCCCAGGAGACCUAAUGGUCAGGUUGCCCAUCACCUCCUUAUCUUUCCUCUUGAGCUGCUUUCCAGACCCACUUCUUGAACUACCAUGCAGUGAGAAGGAUAUUUUUCCAAAGUAAGAGGCGAAAGAGAGAGCUCAGUGUCUGCAAGCAAAGAACACAAGGAAAAAAUUGAAAAGGAGUCCUUUGCUCCUGGCUUAGUGGCUGGGCAAAGUCUGAGUCAGCAUCAACCACACCCACCUUGGAGGUCAGCAGGGUCACUGCCGCCAGUUAUACUGGUGAGAACAUUUGGUCUCUAGCUUACAGAAUGUUCUGAUGAAAUGGUUUUUCAUUUCUUCCUUCCUACAUCGUGAGUUCAACUCUGGUCACACUCUGAAGCCCCUCUUUACAGAUGCUAUAAAAUGUUCAAGAAGAAGUAGCCAGUCCACUGUGCAAUAGCUGAAGAUGUCAGAGGCAGAGAGUUCUGGUCUACAUAGGUCUUUUAAUUAAUUUUAUUGUUAAAAAUGAGAGUUCUUAACUAUGCUGGUUAUCUUGACGUUUGUGAAUUUUGUCAUAAGUGAGUUAUCACUAAUGGUAGGUAAAUCAAUACCAGUGAUGGUAAGGAGUUUAUUUUUAAAAAUUUAAGGCUGGUUGAAGGUUGUUCUAAUAUCUUCAUCUCACUUAUUUAGACUGAAAUAUGCUUUCUUGUAUAGGAGGUGGGGUUGUCUAGUGAAUAUGAAUAUGCAUUUAAUUUCUGUGCAGCUGGCAAUCUCUGUAUGCCUGUGGGGGCCUUUGCAUAUAGAAUUCAUCCACCAGACAGCCAACAGGGAGAAGGUGAGGAGUGUUAGAUGGAAAAGGAGCAGAGGAUCUAGAGGAGGAGCAUGGGAUGGUUCUGUAUAUACUUGAGUUCUAUCUAGCUGUUAUCCUUUCUGUCCCCUUGCAAAGAUGCAAAAGAUGCAAGACAUUUCAGAAAUAAAGAUGCCUCUGCACACA